UACUAUAUAUUUUUUGGUGUGUUAAAUAGUGCUACAUUUAUUAAUAAUUUCGAUGAAUAUAAUAACGUUUAGUGAAAGGUGAAAUGGACUGUCUGUGCUUAUCGAACGCGAAUUUAUCGAAAACGAUUUAAACAAGGCAUCACAGCUACAGCUUCUAAAAUUAAGACAGUCAUGGUUGUUCGUUGGAAGAACUACACAUAGUACAAAGUAUUUUAUACGAUGGGGCAGCAAACCUCAAGAAAGAGCGGCGAGUGUACGUGUGGUUGCGGAGCAUGGGAGCGGCGGAGAUACGUGGAGUCGCCCAGCAGCGUUCAUAGAUACGUUAGCGCUGUAACGGACAGACUGAGUGGUCGAGAAUGUGCUUGUCGGCGUCGCAGGCCGGCUUGUGUCUGCACUGCUUACCGAAGAGUCGGCGAUUCUUGCCAUGAUGACAGGUUAGCAGCAGUGUUGACACUCGGUGCGAGAGACCUCCAAAGAGAGUUAGAUGCUCUAGUCAUAAAUACAGAUUCGGAUGCUAGCAGAGAGAAUGGAGAAACGACAGCAGAAGUUUACGUUCUCUCCGUAGCAGCUAGAAGCGACGGAGAGCCCGCGCAGGAAGGGCGGGGGAACGAGCUGGCGCAGGCCGCGGAUGGCUCCAUCAGACGGUUUCAGGUGGUGUGCGGUGGCGAGCUGCGGGCGCUGCUGCUGCGGGCGCCGCCGCUGUCCGGCGCGCCGCACGCGCACUAUCCCGCCGCGCACGCGCACAAUCCCUACACCAAAGUACACACGCAGGUGGACUAUAAGCAUUGCUUAGUGCCUGAUCUGCAAGAGAUCACAGCUUGCUCGUUUUACUGGGGCAAGAUGGACAGGUACGAGGCAGAGAGACUCCUCGACAAUAAACCUGAAGGUACGUUCCUGCUGCGCGACUCGGCGCAGGAGGAGCACCUGUUCUCGGUGUCGUUCCGCAAGUACGGGCGGUCGCUGCACGCGCGCAUCGAGCACUACCAGCACCGGUUCAGCUUCGACUCGCACGACCCCGCCGUCUUCGCCGCCACCACCGUCACCGGACUCAUCGAGCACUACAAGGACCCGGCGUGCGUGAUGUUCUUCGAGCCGAUGCUGACGGCGCCGCUGCCGCGCUCCGAGCCCUUCACCCUGCAGCAGCUCGCGCGCGCCGUCAUCGUCUCCCACACCACAUACGACGGUGUGGAGCAGCUGCCGCUGCCGGGGCGGCUGCGCGCGUACCUCAAGGAGUACCACUACCGCCAGCGCGUGCGCGUGCGCCGCCUGGAGCCCGACGCGCCCGCGCUCGCCUGCUAGCGA